UUAACCUGAUUUUUCUACGGUGUUUUGUUUAGUAUUUUUUUUUACUGCCGCGCGUAUCUCCUUGCGUUUUCUUGUCUUGUCGGUUCACCGCGUGGCGCAAAGUGUUUAACUACUCGUGCGGUCUCGAGGUGCGUGGACGAGCUCCUCUCGGUGAACUUUUUUUUCUUUUUUUUUUCGUUGUUGUCGUUUAUUCUUUUUUCGCGCAACAUACUACUACCUGAGUUGUGUUUCCUCUCUGCACGCCUCCACUCCUCUCCGCCAUGGAUUUGGUCUGGAUUGUGGGCUUCGUUGUGAGCGUCUGCGCCUGGUUCACUUCAGCGGAGCGGCACAGCGUCUACUGGAACAGCACGAACCCCAAGUUUCUAUGGGACGACUACACCGUGGAGGUGAAGCUCAACGACUACCUGGACAUCGUCUGCCCCCACUACCCUCAGGGGGAGGUGCCACUGCUGGAUGCUGAGCGAUACGUGCUCUACAUGGUGGAGCGCGAGGACUACGACUCCUGCAAGCCCCAAUCGUACGACCAGAUGCGUUGGGAGUGUGGUCAUCCGUUUGCCCCCCACGCCCCUGAGAAGUUCUCUGAGAAGUUCCAGCGGUUUACCCCGUUCACUCUGGGAAAGGAGUUUCGUCAAGGAGAAAGCUACUAUUAUAUCUCCAAACCGUUGCACCAUCAUGGACAGGAGUGCCUCAGGCUCAGGGUGGACGUCGUAGCUGCUGAUGGCUCUCAAGAGGCCAGAGUGGCUAAAGGAGGCACGGGUGGGGCUGUAGUUGGAGCUGGAGCUGGGGGUGGGGUUCACAACCCGUCCAACAGACUGCCUGCAGCAGAUGACCCAGUGGUAAUCCUGCCGGACGUCCAGAAGAGCGCGCGGUCAAACUCUGUGGCGACGGCUGCGUCCCUCUCGGUUCUCUCCCUGCUCGUCCCAUCUUCAUUACUGCUAUUGUUGCACUGAGAGUACAUGAAAGGACCGCUGUCAGCAGACUUUCUGUUCAGGGACUACAAUGAAGACAGUCUGUGGGGAUGAGACCACUGACUCAAAACAACUUUGUUUUCCAUGCCCAGUGCUGGCCACGGGGAGACACUUUUGAAGCUGGUAAAGUACAGAGGGACUCGCUCGUCCCGAACGUGCGGAGUAACUCCUGAGCGUUUGAGACAAAGUAUCUGUGCUUCAUCUUAUUUUCCAAAAGGUUUUUUUCUCGGAAAGACCAAGCUCUCGAUCUUGAUUUGUAUUCCGGGCUCUCUCCAAGUUUGGAGGAUAACCCUAGAAGACAAUAUGAAGAAGAUGAAGAGGGACCUAAAGUGGCCGAAGAACAAUCAAGAGCAAAGACAUCAACUCUGUUUGAAUUCUAUAAAUUUAGACGGGAUGACUCCACAUUCAGUGGAAAAGUAAUCUCUCACCUUUUUGAGCCAAAGAUCAGUCAUCUCUCCAACUUGUACACUAUUCCACCCUUGAGUAUUGUGUAUUACUUGUUGUCCUGUUAUCGUAAUGGUAUCGAGUGGCAUUGGUGUCCCAAGUGAUUACUUUCUCUAAAUGUAGCAUUGACAGGCGCGGGGGCCGUUCUCAUGACUACCAAUCCUCUGCGAACUCGACCAUGUGCUUUGAUACUGUAGCACUAACGCGGCCCAGUACGACAUACACCCCAUAACAGUGUUACACAUACACACCCACACACACACUGACAUCAGAUGACAUGAGACGUGAAAACACACUCCAUCGAACUGUGUUGCGUGUACAUUCUGUGAAGAUAAUUUAUAACAUUUGCAGCUGAGAGGUUUUACUGUAUAUACCAUGUGCUCACAAAGAGAAAUGUUUACUGGCGGCAACGGGGAGCGCUCUCUCUCUCCUGGUAGAGUUAGUACUUGUGUGAAAGGGCAAACGUGUGAGUUGAAGUGAGAGAAAGAAAAAGGGAGCGAUUGCUUGAACGAGUGAUGAUACAAAAUGUUUUUCUGCCAAAAGUGAACACUGAGAUAUGGGUGUGUGUGUGUGUGUUGCGGAGAGGCUGGACUUCUCUGUUUGUUGGAUCUUGCCGCUGCAUUGGUUAAACUGUCUAGCAUGGAGCGCUGGUAUCUGUUAUUACUACAGGACCCAACCCUGUGUAUCAUGGUGCUGUCCUCAUGUUUUCAACACAAACUUCAUUUACUUGGACCUAAUAAUUCACACAGUUUGGGGUGAUUUGAAAAGGUUAUAGUCAGUCACCAGUUCACAAGAGACGAGACACGACAUCAAGCUAAGCUGCCAAGUACAACUUCACCUGCCGGGCUGGCUUGACCAACAAAGCUCAACGGUGUAUGACUACCAUUGAAGUCGGUCUUUUUUUUAUUUUUUAUCUGAAUUCUUGUUACCUAAUUUUGUACAUGUGUAAGUUAAAAAAAAAAAGAAGACAAAAAGGUGUAUAAUAUGUAUAUAUUUAUAUAUA